AUGGGUUCCUCAGCUAACCACGAAGUAGUAGCAGUUGAAAAGGAAGGAAUAAGAAAAGAAGUUAAACCUCAGUCGCAACAUACGUCGACGGAUUCGAGGAAUUCCGAUCUAGACAUCACGCACUUGCUGAAGAAGCUGCCGCGAAUUAAAGUCCGUCGAGAUGUAGUUACGGUGGUGGAGGAGGAGGAGCGAGAAUGGGCGACGUUGACACCACUUCAGCAUUUUGGACCGUCGACCCAUUAUUACACAAGAAGAACAAUGGUUACAUCGUUUUAG